CUCUCUGUCUCUCGCUCUCUCCCUCGUACCCUCCUUUCUCCCUUCAAAGGCGCGAGUAGGUUUCCGAACUGGCUCACCCUCAGGAAACUCUGGAGGAAGGAGAGCCCAGCAAUUGCGGCGUCGUACGCGCCCUCUACGAAGCCCUGCGCACCCGCGACGUGGGAACGGUCCACCGGAUCGUAGCUCCUGACCUGGAGUGGUGGUUCCAUGGUCCCCCGACGCACCAGUUUUUGAUGCGCCUCCUCACCGGAGCGUCCAGCUCGACCUGCGACGACAGCUUCGAAUUCGCCCCUGCCUCGAUCACGUCCGUUGGGUCCAUCGUCCUAGCCGAGGGCUGCGACCAGAAGCGCUCCAUCUACUGGGCCCAUGCCUGGACCGUCGCCGAUGGGAUAGUCACGCAGGUGAGGGAGUACUUCAACACGUCCCUUACCGUCACGCGCCUCGGAGGCGCGAGCAGAUCCUCACCGUCCGCGUUGGGGUCCGAGAUUGCUCCGGCUCCGGGCUCUCAACACUGUCCGUCGAUUUGGGAGAGCAGCCUCUCGAAUCGGGUCGGGAAGUCCGUACCCGGUCUCGUCCUGGCGAUAUAAUCGAAACGACCUCUCGUGUGAUCCAGCGUGGCCGUUAGUAGGAGAGAAUAAAGUUGCACGCGUUGCAACCGUCGGUUGCUUAUGGUCGAGAGUGAUGUGAGCCGUUGGUUCGCCUUUCUAUUUGUGAUUGCGUUAGUUAAAUUAGAGGGUCUGUCGUUUCUGUUAAGUUGUCGUGUCGUUUUGGGUCAUGGGUGAAACUGUCAUGGAGAAGCCCAUUUGGUCUUUGUCUUAUCAGGAUUUGUCGGUUUUGCGGGAUGGUUGUGGUGUAAUAAAAUCGCGUGCCUUUGCGAGUCUUAUAAACCUCGUGAUCAAAAAAUUUAUUUUAAAAUU